AUGAAGCUCACGAAUUCACUCGUCACCCUUGCGCUCAACCUGCUCGCAGGAGUGCGCGCCGCCCCGCAUGUUGAACCCCGCGCCGACACCAAAUACGUCUUUGCGCACCACAUCGUUGGCAAUACCUAUCCGUACACCGUGGAGUCGUGGACGAACGACAUCAAUGUCGCCAAGAGCGCUGGCAUCGACGGGUUUGCGCUCAAUGUCGGCAACCUGGACUGGGAGCCGGCGCGCGUUGCUGACGCAUACACGGCCGCGGACGCUGUUGAUGGAUUCAAGCUCUUUGUCUCCGCAGAUAUGAGCUCACUCCCGUGCGUCACGCCAGAAAAUGCCACUGUGCUUCGUGACUAUGUCACUACGUACUAUAAUCGCCCAUCUCAAUUCAUCUACAACGGGAAGGUAUACUUCAGUACCUUCUCGGGCGAGAAAUGCACAUUCGGACAGUCCAGUGUUAUCGCUGGCUGGCAGAACGAGUUCAAGUCUCAGCUCACUGGCGCUCAGUCCGUGUACUUCGUACCGUUCUUCUCCGUCGAUCCUACCACCGAGCUGCCCAGUUAUGCCGGACUCAUUGACGGAGCACUCAACUGGAACUCCGGCUGGCCUACUGGUAUCAAUGCAGGCAAUUACCUCAGUGAAGACCAGACUGUCUCCAACCUUGACGGAACGUCGACGGACCAGUUGUACCUGAACGGUCUCUCUAGCUUCGGUGGAAGCUAUCUACCUACGGUUUCCCCAUGGUUCUUCACACACUACGGCCCCGCGCCUGCGUUUGACAAGAAUUUCAUCUAUUAUGCCGACAAUUGGAUGUUCACCCGCCGAUGGGAGAAGCUCAUUGCCGAGCGUGACAGCUUCGAUAUAGUCGAGAUUGUAAGCUGGAACGACUUCGGCGAGUCUCACUACAUUGGACCCGUUGAGGGUGGCCUGCCAUUCGACCCCACCCGGGGCGACUCUGAUUGGGCAACGGGCUUUGAUCACACUCCAUGGCUCGAGCUAUUUGGUUACUACAUCUCCGCAUUCAAGUCUGGCGCGACGGCGACGCCCAGCACUGACAAGAUCUUCCUUUGGGUACGGCCUCAUACCCGCGAUGCGAUUGCCACCUCCGAUGCAGUUGCCAAGCCCACUAACUAUCAGAUGGACUCGGAUACGGUGUGGGUUGUGGUGCUCGCAACUUCGCCCGCGACGGUCACGCUGACCACGGGUACAUCCACGACCACGAACGUCCCGGCUGGGCUCAGCAGGCUCUCUAUACCUAUCUCCGCUGGGAAUGGCUCCUCGGCUUCAAUGGCACGCGGAUCAACAACUGUGGCAUCGGCCUCCGUGCCUUCCUUCACGUUCUCGUCCUCCCCGGCAACGUACAACUAUAAUGUUCACGUCGCCUCGAACUAG